AUGGGCGCUGUGGCAUUGUCACUUGUCUUGAUAGUGCUUGUAUUAUUAUACAGAUAUCUACAAAGGAUCUACUCGGUUUUUGACAAAACCAACUUGCCUGGACCCAAGCCAAAGUGGAUAAUCGGCAAUCUAAAGGAAUUCAAAGACAGAAACCCGCUGGAUGUCUUCAAGGAGUUCAGAAAAAAAUAUGGAAACGUUUACGGGUUCUUCGAAGGUUUCCGACCUAGCAUCGUGGUCAACGAUCCCGAAAUGACCAAAGAAAUACUGGUCAAGCAUUUCGACAAGUUCCACGUCCGACCGAUUUACAACCCGUUUACUUACUACCCUGAUCACUUGAACCUGUUCACUAUAUCCGGGUCAUUAUGGAAACAUCAACGGGCAAUUGUAGCUACCGCUUUCAACAGGACAUGUAUGGAGAAGGCUGUAGAGAAGGUGAAGAUCACUUCGGACAUUUUUCUUUCCAAACUUGCCAAGCUGGUUGAGAACCAUCCAGAGGGAUUCAACAUCGCCACACUAUUAGACAGAUUCACUUUGGAUGCAUUCGCCCUAUCUGCAUUUAACUAUGAUGUAAACAGCAUAGAAAACCCUGACGCCAUUUUAUAUCAGUUCAUGACUGAAUCUAUCAAAGCUGCUUCGACGGAGAAUCAACUGACUGGCAUUGCUAGAGUUUAUGGAAGUCUUACUCCGUUCCUGAAAAUCUUUGACUACAAGCAUAGACGUGUCCAUAUGAAACACGUAGAGAAGAUGAGGGAUUUUGUACACAUGACAAGACAAGAGAAUGGUCUCGUUUUGUUGCAGAGCACGACCUCGGCCUCCCUGACUGACAACCUCCUCAAUCAUAUCAUCCGUGGCACAUUCACGUGUCGUAAUGAGGAGGGUAAACUUGUACGUCGCUCACUUGAUGACGAGGAGAUAAUCGCACAUCUUCAUUCAUUGAUCGGGGGAGGUAGUGGCACCCUAAAUGCCAGCCUCGAAUUCAUUGUGCAUUGCCUAGCUAUGAACCAGGCAGAGCAACAGAAGGCAUUCGACGAGAUCUUCGGACAGUGUGGCCUAACUGAACAUCCUACUGCUGCGGCCCUGAAAAACAUGGAAUAUUUGGAGAUGGUCAUGAAUGAAGCACUGCGACUCUAUCCGUGUGCACCAGGAACUGCCCGGAUGUGUACAAAGGAUUGCACGAUAAAUGGUGUGGAAUUUAAAGAGGGCAUGAUGAUUCGAGUUAUGGCGUAUACUCUGUACGAGGACGAAGAAUACUUUCCACAGCCUCAAAAGUUUAUGCCUGAAAGGUUCAGCAGCGCCGCCAGAAAGGAAAGGCACCCCUAUACGUUUAUCCCCUUUGGUCAGGGGCCAAGGAUCUGUGUAGGCAUGAAGUAUGGUAUUAUUCUCGUAAAACUAGCCCUGGUGAAAAUUCUGCAGAAAUACGUCAUCGUUCCAUGCAGCAAAACAGAGGACCCUCUGCCAUCUGUUCUUCGACCAAUGCUGGCGCCACGUCAUGGCGUGUUCGUCAAGCUUUUGCCGCGCCGGACUGGACCGCCUGUUAUAUCACAGGGUUAA